AUGGAGCAAGUUAAAACAGCAGUAAGUGGAAUAUUUCCCGAAUUAAAUAAGAAAAAAAAGGACGCCCCUCCCCCGGAGCCUAAGGAGUACAGUGCUGAAGAUAUUGAUAGGCUUAAGAGCCAAGUAGAUGCCAAGUUGUUGGAGUGUCAACAACAUGCUCAAACAUUUCGGCAGGGAAUUGCGCGUGUUUCUCGAAGCGUGAACGAUUUAAAUCACGAAGCAAAAGAAAAAGUUGAGACGGCAAAAAACAGUGUUUGGCUUGAAGGUAAGCGUCUUGAGGGGGUGUCAGAAAAUGAGAAAAGGGAAUUGGCAGAGAUGGAGAGGAAGAUUAUUAGUGAGCUUGACAGCCUUGGAAGCAGUGUGAAAGAUGAAAUUGGCAGGAAAUUGAGAACGCUAGUUGAGGAAAUAAAAAGAUUAAUAACAUUGAUGCUGAAGGAUCUCAGGCAUAUUAAUGUCAAUCUAGAAAGCUAUGGAAAGGAUCUUCAGAAUUGGAUUAACAAUGCGGAUGGAAUUGUCGGCGGUGCAAUGAAGGAUGUAAAAAAGAUUGAAGACAAGCAUGUUGGUUUAGUAAAUCAGGAUGCCAUCAGGAAUAAAGCAAGGGAAGUGAACGAAUGGAAGCAGAAACUGGAUGGAUAUAUUACUAGCGUGAAGAGUAGUCUCGGAAGUUUGGCGUCUACAGCUACGGAGAAAUUGAAGGAGCUAGAUAACGCUUAUAAGAAUAAAUUGUUGGCGAUAACCAAGGCAGUGGAGAAAGUUCCGGAGGCGAUUAAAAAGCUAGGGGAGAAGUUUCCUGAUAAAAGCCGCACAGCGCCGACAAGUAUUGAUAAGAUUUUUGAAAAUAUUAGGAAUACGGUUGCGCAAAUUAAGGGGGAAAGUGGUGGUUCAUUUAUUAUGGGUUUCGAGGGGUUUAAAGAGGUUUUUAAAGUGUAUGCGGAGGGGUUCAAAAAGGGGAAGUUUGAGGAUAUUGUCAAAAGCUGGAGUAAUGAGAUUGUGGAUAAGGUUGGUGGUGCAAGCGGGCUGCGAGGGUAUCUGGUAAGUCAUAGGAAACUUGGGCAUGGUAACGGAGGUAAUCUUAAUAAAUUGCUGCUGGCUAUCAAAAGGGAAAUUCCAUCACAGCUUAAGAGCGAAGUUAUUGAAGUGGCGGCUCAAACGUUCAGUAGUACUCCCGGAGAAAAUAUUGACACUGACUUGAAAGGAGUGCAAGCUGUUUGCAAAGGAUUCGCGGAUUCACUCUAUCCACAAAUUUCUAAGAAGGCUGGUGAGAUCAUUGGCGCGAUUAAGAGUGAUUUGACAUCGUUGGGGAUUACUAAAACCGGUGACAAUUACGAGAAAGACCUCAUAUCCGCCGUUCAACUCAUACUCCACCAUCUCGUUGGUGCGGCCAGAGGUGCAGCUAUGGAGCUUCACUCUUUAGUUAACGAGCAGAAACAGAUAGGCGGCGAGCAAACCACCAUGUCAAAGGUAAUAGAAGAAGCUCAUACAAAGGCCAAGUCACUCCACAGCCAGCUUCAGCAGGCGACUGGGAAAAUCGGCGGCAGAACCAGUGGCACCAACCACGCCCAAGCCGUCGACACCGCAAUCAGCCAAGUAGAGACGCAGGUUGAACAUAUUUCCGGAUCUACAAACAACGUAAACUUAGGAUCCAACGACAUCAGCCAGAAACGCAACACCGCCUACGAACCCCUCAACGAUGCGAUCACUUCCAUUAACGGAUAUUCUGACAAGGGACUUGACGUCUCACUGACCACAAAAGCCCUUGAAUCUCUUUCCACCGGUAUCCAAUCCAAACUUGAAGCGCUCAAGAAGGCGAUGGCAGAGGCCGGCCAAAAAAUCAACGAGCAACUGACUGAUCUUAAGAACAAAAUAUCCAAAGGCAAUCCCAAUAGGGAAGGCCUUCAAAAAAUCCACGACCAACUUCACACCCUGCAAAAUAAGACCUUGGGAAAAGUUAUUGAAGACACUAAUGAACUCCUCAGUUUUGCGACGAGACGAUCUCAGGAGACCAUUGAACAGCUCCACCAGCACGUCGACUCGCAGGUGGAGGAGAAGAAAAAACAACUCACCACCCAGGCCAAAAAGCAUUAUGUCUCCUCCCUCAAGACAGCGCUUAGCCACUUUUCCUCCAAGAUCCAGAACGAGUUGAAGCUUCUGCCAGCCAUGCUUGCGGAGGACCUGAAGCAGGGGUACAAGGGCUUCAUGAAGGCAUUUGAAGGUGAGACGAGCAAAAACAUAAAUUUGCUCGUUGGUGUCAAAGAACAAAAAGAUCUGCAGCCUCUAUCCUCCGCAUUUGCGACGUUCAUCGGCCCACUAAGCGAAUAUCUCAGGACAGAGAUUCAGAGGUUGGAGACUGAGACGGCGAGGAGAAAGGACAAGCUAUCAUGGGCCGAACGAAAGUACGUUGAGAACGUUUACACCUCCAAAAUAGAAUCCGUCAGUAACGAGUUGAGCAGGGUGCUUGGAUACAUCGGUGGCCUGAACAGGUAUGAUCACAAGGUGCCCGGGAUGCUUGCCGAACUGGCCGAGGCGUUGAACGGCCUGCACCCGGAGUCAUUUGCUGAACCCACAACACCGUUACUAGACGCUAUUGGCAAGGGAGUUGGCGCUUUUGUCCAAGAAUUAAGAUACGUCUACAUCUCCAGCUAUGACAGCCGGAGGAUCGAGUGGCAAACCAUCGAUCAGGCAGAGAAAGAAAAAUACGCUAAAAUCAUGUUCAGUAUCACGCCCAUUUUAUUGUGCAGUCUAAGUGAGCUCGUCGAGGACCUCGAGAAAGAAAAUAGUAAAUGGAAAAACUACAAAAUGUAUUCGCUCACGCCAUCCAAUUCUACCCUCCACGCUCUUUUCUUCCGUGAAAACGGUUACGAUGUUGGCUCCGAGUCAACUACACCAUACGGCGAAUUGAAUCAUAGAGAUAAUUUCACUGGUAACAGUAUCGUUAAUAUUUUCAGUAGUUUAACACAUAAGUUGUUUGCAUCGAGCAAACCCGUUGACCUCUCAUCCGACCUUCCCACAGACUCUGCUGGGCUGACCGUAGAGGUUACAACAGAUGAGGGUGUCAUCCCGAAUCUAAACUCAUACAUGCAAUUUUACUUUAAUGUUUGCCACACCACUCACAUUGACAAACCCAGAACCCCGUGUAGUAUGUACGAGAUGUUAUUGUGGCUGACCGGGUUGCCGUUCAACGCUGUCUAUGAAAAGCUCCAUGAGCAUUGUGAUUCACUGUUUGAGAAAAAGAGGGAAGAGCGUGAUCCUGACACAGCAAUCCCGGUGCCCAUUCCAGCCUAUCCGAAAGCUAUUUACAACGCUGAUAUUAGCAAUGCAAUCGAACAUGUUACGUCGCACGCAUACAUGUUGCUGACCGGCAUAGUUGGAACCGGCGACGCCUCGACGCAUUACGCCUCUGACUUCCCGAACAAUACACUCAAUCUAAAAUAUCCUGGCUCCGGCAAUGAAUGUUUGUCUAUGCUACUGGACGUAUUGCGCAUGUUGUGUCCCGUGCUCAAAUUCAUUCUUGUGCAAUGCAAACUAGGCCCAUCAGAUCGCGGCUGGGCGAGGUGCCUGUACGGAAAAGACGUGCCUACUACCAAAUCACAGUGUAGCAAGGGAUCAACAAACAAAGCAAAGUGCCAACCUACGUGCCAGGCAAAUGGUCAAGCAACGUGCCAAGCAAAUGGCCAAGCAACAUCGCCGCUGAUGUGCUAUUUAGAGGACUGUUUACCAGGCCAUCUGCCGCAUCAACUAAUUAGUGUCGGUUGCAAGUCUGAAUGCUUGACGUGUUCUCCUAAAUCCAGAGGAAUGCCCUGCCUCAUGCCGUUAGGUUUUAGAGGCUUUUCCGGCUCAACCAAAACGGGUCGGGACCUGUGUGAAAUUAUUGAAAUAUUUUUCGGUAGCGGCAAAGUAGCAUUCCUCUUCUGCAUUGGUCCCAAGCCACCAACCUCCCUGCCUGAGCACGUCGGCUUCGCACUAUCUGUCGCCCGUGGUUGGCGUGACGGCAAACGUACACUCAAAACUGCAAUAGAAUCGCACGUAACCAAAGUGUCCAUUAAUAUUUGUGAUAGGCCUUACGUUGUUACCAGUGCGGUUGGUAACGCUUAUGGCUGCAGCCAGAGUGACCACGGCGCAUUCCACCCACAAGAGGGAUCCGCCGACUUGGCAAGUUUGUCGAUGACGAUUACGUGUGCCACCCAGCAGUGCGCUCCAUAUAUGUGUUCACUAUCUUCAGACGCCUAUGAAUACAUGGCCGAGAAAAACGCCAACCUCUUCCUGUCGUGGUGCCUAUACCUUCCAUGGCAACUCCUCGAGUAUCUUCAGAAGCUGCUCGACGCAUUCAACGAUAUCUCCUGCCAGGACUGGGGGUGCAGCAGCUGUCUCAUAGGGGACAAAUGCCGACGAGGCAAGCACGGAUCAACGGAUGAAAAGAGCAAGAGGCCGCAUUGCGAAUGCACGUCACUAGUCAACUGCAGAGGCGUGUCACCUACAUUAUAUAGGUACGGAUUCGCAUUCGGAAAUGCAUUCACGUUAAACAACAGAAGCACGCGAAAGAGAUGUUGCGAUUUAUACACGCAGCUGAGUAAAGUGCUAAGUUCCAAAUACUUCGAACAGCUGUUCAUCACCAUCGACAAAUUUAUCUUCACAAUUAGAGCACCGUUCAUGAAUACGUUGCUAGCCCUCUGGUCGCUGUCGCUCCUGUACCUGCUGCACAUCGCCGUCGUCCGCCUCGACGUGCUGAGGAUACGCUCCCACCUGAGAUCACCCGCAAGCCACAGGAUCGCCGCCCAGUCCCUCCUCGCCGCCGCACGCGUCAGGGCACUCGCCAACGUCAAGUACUUCUCAACAUAA